CCAUUAGUCGUUACCUCAGGAACAAUGCUGCCAUUUCCGCCUCUCAAAAGCCUGGAAAGGAGAGGUCAGUUUGAUUACGUUGCUAAGCAACGAGUCAACAAAAACAGACGCCGAGGCUGUAGACAGAUGCGGAAAUGUCGUCCAGUUACUCAGCAAACCAGUAUGACAGCGCCUUCAAGUCGCAGAGGCUGCAGAACUGGUGUGAGACCAAGCACUUCAAAGAGAGACCCACUGCACAGGAGGGUCACACCACCUUCAUUGCCGAUGAUAGAGGACAUCUGCUCCCUGGAGUGGUAAAGAGGGGCAGUGCAUGGCCAGACUUUAAGGGGACCUGGGAUCUACCUGCUCGUAUCCCAGCUCACCGCAUCAACCCUACAGGCCGCUCCGUGGAGGGUCUCAACAGGCUGAAGUCCUGGGGCUUUGACCCACAGCACACUGGCGAGUCUCAGCCACACAGAGGCAGCAAAAACACAGAUAGACUGCAGGAUGCUGGCGAGCAGACCAAAGUGGACGUACAGCAGGACGGUGCUGCCCCAUCCUCUGCAGCUGAAGCCAGACCUGCAUCUCAGAACCGCCCCGUCACUGGAGGCGAGACAACUGCCAGCCAAAUCCAGGACUCACGGGCAGCUGUGGUUGGAACCGUUGGUCCGCCCGCUGAAGAAAAACAAGCCAUUCAGGCUACUGGGAAAGACAGGCCGCUGAGCCAGGGCUCUGCGGCUGAAAAGAAGCCAGCUUUGAGGCCUGCUGCUGGAGAGGGAACCAAUAGCAGGCCCGGUACUGGCAAGGGGAGACCAGUGAGCAAUGUGGCAGAGAAAGUAGCCAGCCAAGGAGCACCAUCAUCCUCUAAGCAGAGACACAGAGAUGCACGGCAAGACCAGUGAACUUCUUCAUUUAAUUCUUAUACCUACAAAAAUAAAUGCCCAUUAACUGUACCAGUUUGGACUUAUUUUAGCAUGGCUGAUUGUACUGAAGUAGUUUCCAACUCAUGAAUCAUGAAAAGUCAAUGUAUGGUCAUCAGGGGGAAAAUAUAGAAAGCUUUUUUUUUUAAAACAUAUCUUUUUGUUAUGGACGUUUGCCUCAUAAUGAUUACUGACUGAAAGGGUUGUUUCUCUUUACCCCCAAACCUCUUUUACACUGCCUCCAUCCACCCGUCUCCACCCGUCUCCUCUCUCUGUACUAUUUUUCCAUUUGUCCGUCCAGAAUGUCUUCUUGUUCUAUGAACCGACCAGAGUAACAAUAAGAGCUCCAAUAAACACUGCAAAAGAAUAA